CUUCCAGUGACCCUCUUGAGUGGAUUUCUAGGCUCAGGGAAAACUACACUUCUAGAACAUAUUCUAACUUCAAAUCAUGGACUAGGCAGAUUAGCAGUAAUAGUAAAUGAUCUAAGUACAAUCAAUAUAGAUGCAUCAAUUUUGAAAUCUCAUCAUAUCAAUCAUUCAAAAGAAAGGAUCAUUGAAAUGCAAAAUGGUUGUAUUUGUUGUACACUUAGAGGUGAUUUAUUAGAAGAGAUUGGAAAUUUAGCUGAAGAUAAAAGUAUUCAUUGGUUAGUGAUUGAAUCUACUGGGAUAUCUGAACCCAUGCAAGUAGCUGAAACGGUGACUUCUGAAGAUAUGAAACAUCAAAUGGAAGUGGAUGGUGAAAAGAAAGAUCAAAAUAUCAAAGUCCAGCAAAUCUUGGCUAACGGAGGACUUUCGAGUAUCGCAAUCCUUGAUACAACUGUUACAGUUGUAGAUGCUGUAAAUGUCUUCAAUGACUUUCAUACAGCCGAUUUCCUUGUGGAUCGUAAUGAAGCUGAAGAUGUACCAGAAGAAGAUGAUAGGAAUAUAUCCGAUCUUUUAGUUGAUCAACUUGAAUUUGCUCAAGUAGUGGUGAUUAAUAAAACUGACUUGGUCAAAGAAGAUGAAUGUUUAAAAAUCAAAGCAUUGAUUAAAACUUUAAAUCCGACAGCCAAGAUUUUACUUUCUAAAUAUUCUAGAAUCGAUCUUCGCGAGAUCUUAGACACAGGUACUUUUGAUUAUACCAAAGCUACUAUGAGUAUGGGAUGGCUUAAAAGUCUUAGUGAAAAGGUAUUACCAGAGACUGAAGAAUAUGGGAUUGGUAGCUUUGUGUAUCGUGCUCGUCGACCAUUUUCUCCUGUUCGGCUUUGGAAAAUGAUCAGAGAGGUCUUUGUGGUUAUUCAAGAUGAAUAUGUCGACGACGGUGAAGAUGAAGAAGAGAUAAGUGGGAGUGAUGGAGAGGAAGACGAAGAGACUGAAACAGAUUCAAUUGAUGAGAAACAGCCUCAACUGAAUCCAAAGGCUAGAUUGAAAUCAAAACAAGCUUCAUCAACUUUCGCAACUUUACUAAGAUCAAAAGGUUUCAUUUGGCUUGCAACUAGACCUCUGAUGUUUGGUGAAUGGUCUCAAGCCGGAGUAAUGUUGACAAUUGGCGGAGGAGGUGGAUGGUAUUGCGAAAUGCCAAAAGAAGACUGGCCAGAUGAACCGGAAGUGGUUAAGGCAAUUUUAUCUGAUUUUGAAGAACCUUGGGGUGAUCGAAGACAAGAGAUUGUGAUGAUUGGAACUGAAUUUGAUGAAAAUCAAAAGAAUUUAAUCAAAACUGCAUUUGAUGAUUGUUUACUUGAUGACAUAGAAUUCAAAGAUUGGCAAAAGAUCAUGAAAUCGAAGAAGAAAAAUGCAGAGAAAAUAAAAUUGUUAGAAAGGAGGUGGGACGAUGGUUUUGAAGAUUGGACGGAUGAAAAACUCACUGAACAUGAUCAUCACCAUUGA